AUGGAUAAGAAUUCAACGAGCGAUCCUUUAUCCGAAGAUUUUGGCACAUUAAUAUCAAACAUAUAUGGAACAGUAAAUAUAAGUCCUAAUAGUUUUUUUGUUAGAACGGACAAGAAGAGGAGAUCAAACACGGUGCUCGGUUUAUUGGGUUUACUUGGUGGUGCAUGGAGCUUAGCCAUAACAGGAUACACUACUCUAUUUGGCAGUAAACGUUUAGCACCAUUACUGGAUAAUUCAUCGACACUGGAUGUAUCAACUUCAUCAAGUGAUUUAUCUUUUCAAGAUAACAAUACAUUGCAACAACGACUAGACGCUUUAGAAUUGUUUCUCAAGGAGUAUGUGAUCGACCAGACAUAUUUGGAAAAUCUGAAAGAUAACAAAUAUUCGAACAGACUUAGCAAAUUUUUGGGAAAGUCCGACUUGGAAAGAUCGGAAGAAAAAUGA